UUGUUUCGAUAGCCAUCAACCCUAGAGACGAGGGUUCCACCCCCGUCUACCCCUGCUCGCCUCACAUAUCCCACAUCACCACAUCACCACACAAACCUACUUGACAAUGUCCCCGAACGUACGGGCCCAGGGACCACCUGCUACCCUGGUCAAGGUAUCCAGACGUCGUGGCUCCGACGUCUCCUCUUCUAUCGACCUCUCGGACGAAGGCGGCUACUCCGCAGUCGAGGAUAUUAGCGAUUCCGAGGACGACGACGAGGAGGAUGUCAACGCGGCCGAGGAGGAGCAUAUCCUUACGGGCGAGCUGCUAGGUAUCCACAGCACCCGCUCCCCUCGGCCGCAUCCCGGCAAAGACGAGCAAGACGACAGUGAAGAAGGCGAUGAUGAAGACGAUGACGAUUACGAGGGGGACAACGAUGAGGACGCUGACGAGACCGGCAGCUGGAACGGCAUCGCCUCGGAGGCCGAUAUCGAAAGCCAGGUCGUCGACCAGGGAUAUGCUAGCACGGAGCGCCGUGUCCGCUUCGACAUUCCCGACUCGUCAGACGACGACACUGAGACGGAUGAGGAUGUCGGCCAGGGCUUUUUCCCCGACCUCUUUGUUGAUAAGAGCGCCCUCGACCCAUCUUUCCGUCGGGAGAUCGAGCACGAUCCCGACCCCUACGACUCCUCUACUUCGGAAGCGUUCUGGGACCACUAUGGCGCGUCCGGCGAGUUGGAGAACGACCCUGACGAGCCAGGUUCCGAUUUUGAAGCUUUGAUGCAUGUGAUUGAAGAUGAGGACAGCACGCCCAUCGCCACUCCCAUGACGAGCCACGAGCUGUCCACUGGCCUUUCGACUCCUACUGGUCUUUUUGGGAACGACGACGAGUCGCUGGACGGGUAUCAAACCGAUGGGGAUACCACCGAUGAAGAAGACCCACCUGAAAACCCUCUUCGGCGUAAGACUCGACGGGAGCUUGUGGACGAUUCCUCGGAUUCUGACGUAGUACCCCUUAUCCGACCCCGCCGCGGUCAGCCGCGCGUCGGCCGAUUCAAUCUCGACAAGUCUAGCAAGAAGCCCAUCGCCAUCUUGAAUCCGAGGACGGGCAAGAUGAUGAUCUUCACACCCCAAUGCGUGAAAGGGAGGGGCUUCGACCUUUCCCCAGAGCAGUUCAACUUCCAAUAUUUCGACCAAUCCCAGUCGUCCCCCAUUCUAAGCAACCCUGGCAACAUCAUGAUGAGCGGGAUGAUCUCAUCCAGCACUUACGGCGAUUUUAUGAACACGCAUGCCAUCGGCCCAGCCGAGGCCUGGUACGCCCAGGCGUCAGACGGCGGGAACGCUAUCGGGUCGUCCGAUUCCGACGACCACGUCGUGGAUGAAGCCGAGAAGAGCCUGAGGCUUGAAGACUUUAUCACCAUAGAUGAUGAUGAUGACGAUGAUGAUGAUGAUGACUUGUCCGAGGACGAGAAGGACCUGGAACAAGGCACCGCCGACGACGGGAUAUUUUGCACACCCGCCCGGCCGGGCACCUCGUCCAGUGAUGUCGCGUCUCUGCUCGAUCACUUCCAGCACAAUGCCAACAUCGUCGGGGCGUUUCGUCGAGACCAGGUGAAUCACCAGCUGAUUAGCCGUAGCAAGGCUACCCGUGAAUCGCUAGCGUUCUCCGGCCCUUAUUUUGAAGGCACCCUCCGCGGCAUCAAGGAUGGGCGCAUCGCUACCGCCAAUGUUCCCAUAUCCCCCUUGCGGAAACAGAAGAAGAUGCCUGAUAUCGCCAGCAGCCCUCUGUCGGCGAUGUCCCAGAAGAGGAAGGCAUCAUCGGAGCACCAUAUCGACCACAAACGGCAGAGAAGCAUCCCAGAUGUGGAUCUUCUGAGGAUUUAAUUUCCCCGGUGGUCGAUCCUCGCCCGAUGCAGUAUAUCAAAAGACGCCAAUGGACGGUGUGACCUUAAAUUAUAAGUCAUUUCCUGGCCAUUGAACCCAUUACAACUAUAGAAAAUUCUCAAUGUUUCCUACUGCAGCUUACCUAUGUCUAACGUGAUUCCCCUUUCCUUUUUCUUUUCCUCUACUCGAGUGUAGCUAGCGAUGGCGUCUCGCCUCUCGAAGGUGUCCUAGGGACACGUUUCUUUUUUUUUUAAAAA